AUGCUGUUGUUUCGGAUCACGGGAGAGCACGAUUCGGUGUCGGAACUCCUGCUCGCGUUACACCAAGUGUCUUGCCGAGUUUUGGCCGCAAUGCCUGAAUGUGUGGUGCGUUUUCUUUUGCUCAUUAUCGGUUUUUCCCGCCAUCCAAGCGAGGGUAGCACCACUGAAUCCGAAUUACUUUAUUCCACCAUUAUGGUUCCUCGACAUCACAUGCUUCCUGUUUUUCAACCUCUUCUCCAUGCUUGGGUGUAUUCUGUGCAACUGGGUGCAGUUCCCCGGACCACGUCAUCUGUGGAUCGUCGUUUGGACGUGAACCUUAUUUUUCAUCCCCUUCUUUCUAUUCUGUAA